CGCACACCGAGAUGUAGCAAAAAGAAGAGCAUUAACUCGUCGGCCACAUAAGCGUGGAAAAAGGUAUAUCCAGCAAUGUGAGAGCUGAUUGGCGUAAAAUGAGUAAACCACCGGGUUAUUGGUCGUCGGACCGUACUUCAGGGAGCGUAUAAGUAUUCUAGGUAUACCCUGUACCUCUUAUCCUCGUAAUAGUAAUAUUGCCGUUGGCCAUCAUUCAGCAUGGGAAAAACGUCACUAAAAGAUCCUAAGGAUGGGAAAAAAGACAAACCAGGGAGGAGUAUUCCACCUUCGGGAACAAAUACGGCAACAGUUAAAGAUGCUUUCAGUUGGGAGGAAUAUCUAAAAGAAACAUCAUCUACACCGGCUCCUCCUAGCUUUUUUCGUCAGUCAAGGGUCCCACCCUCCAAUGACUUCAAAGUGGGAAUGAAGCUUGAAGCUCAUGAUCCACGUAAUUCCACCUCAGUUUGUAUUGCCACAGUGAUGGGCUUAACAGGUGUGCGUUUGCGUCUCCGUCUGGAUGGGAGUGACAACACCAAUGACUUCUGGAGACUGGUAGAUUCCUCUGAUAUCCAACCUAUUGGCACCUGUGAGAAGAAUGGAGAUAUGCUGCAGCCACCACUAGGAUUCAGGAUGAAUGCAUCCUCAUGGCCUAUGUUCCUAUUGAGAACAUUGAAUGGAGCAGAGAUGGCUCCACCAACUGCCUUUAAAAAUGAACCUCCAAGGCCCUCCCAGAACAACUUCAAGCCUGGCAUGAAGCUAGAAGCCGUAGACAAGAAGAACCCAUACCUCAUCUGCCCAGCAACCAUCGGGGAUGUUAAGGGUGAUGAGGUCUUUGUUAUGUUUGAUGGGUGGCGGGGAGCCUUUGAUUAUUGGUGCAAAUAUGACUCCCGAGAUAUCUUCCCAGUGGGCUGGUGCUCCAUCACCAAGCACAGUCUGCAGCCACCAGGCAACAGUGUCAACCUGCCAAAGAACCUGCCGAUUGUCUCAGCAUCACCUUCCAAGCCUAGCAGGCGUUCGAUGCAGUCCCCCUACAGGCUCCCCAACCCCCUUCCUCCUCUGCCUGUCAGAAAGGGGGUAAGGGGGCGACGGCCGAAGAGUGAGACCCUUGCCUUACUCAAAGCUGUGGCAGAGGCAGCAGCAGCUGCCCAAAAUGGCACAGCACCUGUAAACACACAGCUUGCAACCAGGCCCCACAAGAAGAGGGGCCCAAAACCGGGGAGCAAGAGAAAGCCCAAAGUUUCCCAGAGCACAACACAGCUGCCUGGCAUCCAGUUGCCACAAGAAAUCCCUGCCAACCUCAACUCUGUGGUCUCAACAGUCUGUGUGUACGUGAAUAAGCAUGGAAACUGUGGUCCCCAUCUGGACAGGAAGCGGUUGCAGCAUCUGCCAGACCACUUUGGUCCAGGGCCAGUAAAUGCUGUGCUUCAACAGUUGGUCCAGUCGUGUAUAGACUGUGCUUACCAGCCCAAAGUUCUUCUCAGUGCACUGCAGACCCACUCAGGAGGAGGGGAAGUUGUCAGAGUGAGAACGGAUGGUGGGGUUCGACUGGUAAAACUGCCUUCAGCUUCCAGUGCUUCCUUUGUGCUGCGCUUCUUGGAGACUCUGUGCCAUCAUCUGCAGUGUGACAACUUGUUCAGCAGCCAGCCAUUUAGCCAGUACAUUGCUUAUGAUAGGACAAAGUCAGUAAAGGAAGAGGCCUCAGAGGCACCAGCUCUGGGCCGGGGAAGUAAGCGGAGUCUCUCUGGACUCUGUCCACCGUAUGCGGCCCCCCUUUCUCCAAAACAUUUGCGUACUGAAGCCCACCCUUCAGAAGCAGAGACCAUGCCACAUGAAGAAAAUGGCCUAAUAAAAGAGCAACGCUUCAUGGACUCAGCCUCCAACUCCAUGACUCCUCGGCCCCAGACUCUCCGGAGUACCUCAGAGUACCACACACAGGGCAGUAGCCUCUACUACACAGGCAAUGGCACACCCCUGCGCCGCAUCGCCUCCAACCCCGCAGAACUUAUCUCCACACAAUCACUCAGACGAGUUGAAGCGGCCAGCUCUACCACAGGCCCCGAGGCCCUGACGGCUGACCGGGAGAGUCCUCAGGUGCCCAAUAAGAGCCCCUCCACCUGGUCAAUUGAGGAGGUGAUGCAGUUUGUGAGGGAUGCUGAUCCAUCAGCAUUGGCUCCACAUGCGGAACUUUUCCGAAAACAUGAAAUUGAUGGUAAAGCCCUGAUGCUGCUGCGCAGUGACAUGAUCAUGAAGUAUAUGGGUCUCAAACUAGGGCCCGCACUGAAGCUCUGCCACCACAUAGAGCGGUUGAAACAAGGCAAACUGUAGCAGGGCCACCAACAGCCUUGUCCCUGCCAGACCCAUGGGCAAUAACUGCUGAAAAGGCGAGUAUUUGGUCAUGACUGAGCAUAAUCCACCACAUGAGUCAUGGGGCAUCCAGGAGUGUCGUCCCUCAAGACGUGCAAGUUACAACAAACCCCACCUCGAGAGGACUCUGUUGAUGUUACAGCUUUAUCGUGACUUGCAGAGUGGAGAAGUGUGCCGUGCAUUGCUGACACAUUACCUCAUCCCCUCAUCAGUUAACAGAAAGCUGUUCAGGACUAAUAGGCUCCACUGACUUCAUAAAAUCCCAAAGGAAAAUAAACCCUGUAGUGUUUACGUUGCAUAGCACAUGCGCACAGAAGGACAGACCUUUUUGACUAAGAUGAGAACUUUGAUCCUGUUUUGGAUCCCCAAAGAUGGAGAAUGUAUCUUGUAUAUUGUUUUUAUUAUUGUUGAGAUUCCAGUUAAUAAGGAUGGGGCUGUAUACUAAAUCAAUCCAUAAGAUGUUCUUCCCAAUUUUCUUGUGAGACAUCAGUUUCUUUUACUCUGUUAUGUAGUUAUUGUCAGUCCUUGUUUUUACAUAAUUAUGGCUAAAGUUUGGUGUUAUCUACCUGUCCAAGGAUUGCCCCUGCUAAUUCAUUCCAUUUCCGUCAGAGUGAAGAAAGUUGUUUAACAUAUUUUGCCUUUAUCUAGUCAUCAUACUUGGAAUUCUUUUGUUUUUUUAAACUAUUUUAACAUUGUCAGUAUGCUGGCAGUCGAGUCUCAAGUGUGCAUAUUGUACUUCUAACUUUUCUUUUUUGAAGCUUAAGCUUCCCACGAGUGUCUUGCUGAAUCAAAAACUGCUGUGUCCUGUGUGCUGUUUGCAUACUGGAUGUGAAUGGCAUGGUUUAUAGUGGUGUCAGAGAGGGUCAUGAGUUUCAAAGCCCCAUACUGGCUGUAUUCAUGUAGAGACUUUGGUCUCAACCCAGUUUUUCUCAAUGUCAAAUUAUCUGGAAGUGUCCCAAGCUCUAAAUCAACUUCGAACUGAUGUUUUGAAUUUAUUUAUUUCAGUUGACAGUUUGUUAUGGAACUGCAAAUAUGGCAAUUCUAAGGGCGUUGUAUGUUUAGUUUUGAUGUAAUAUUUGCAUCACUCAUAACCAUCCAACCUGUUAGUCUGCCUGCGACCUCAUGGUUGUCUUUUUGACGUUUUACAAUCACUGUAAGCAAUGAACACAGAAAUGUACAGUUUAAUGGGUUUAACCAUUAUUAUCAGCAAGAGAAUGUACAUUUUGUAGAAAAGUAAAAUAUUUUAAAGAAAUCAUAUAUGGUAGAAAUGUGAAGAUGAGGGGUGGGGAUUUGGUGACUAUUUCAGACAAUGUAAUUUCAUACUGCUUUUUAAAACUUAAUGCAGCGCUUUUAGUUGGAAUACCCCCCAGUAAUAGACUUUGCCUUGCUUUACUUUUGACAUUUCUCAGGUUUACGUGGUAUUUGUUAGUACAACCUUUUGUAGCAUACUAUUUGGUAUAUAUAAACUACUCAACAUGGUUUCAUUUAUAAUUCCUUCUGUGACUUAAAUGACUUGUUGUGCCAUAUGAUAUGCAACACAGGAUCAAAGUGCUGUUGGUUUCCCCCUUGCAUCUUCUCAAGUACUUGAAAAAUGCGUGUUGCAAAAAGUCCCUUGUUCUUUGUCACACCAGAGAAACAAUAUGUAUUGUGUUCAUGGUGUUGUGUAUUUUAUAUUUUAUAAAGCUACCAAAAGAAAGACUGUGUUAUUGCUGGAAAGAUGAGAAUAAAUUCUGAUGGAAAUGUUUAAGUCUGAGGUCUUG